CACGACUCCAGCCGCGUCCUGUUGCUUGUGAAUAGAUAAUAUUGCGUUCAACAUCGUCACCAGUUUCAUAGAUGUACCUUUGGUCAGGCGACCCCUGUGGCUCUGAGGUUCCAGGCUUGCCAUGGGCUUACGGAGGAUAUAGGAGUGUUCAUGUCGCAUAGCUGCUCGCAUUAACAUCAAGAAUGAGUUGUAUCUUAAAUGCGCCUUAAUGGUGACACACUUCGCGGCUGGCAGCCUGGCGCUAGCCUUGGUGUUGCUGGCAUCAGUCCUUACAGAUGGACAAGAACAAACGGUCGUUGUGAACGUGCAGGAGUUGCACUCGGCGUUGCUGAACGGGCUGACCAACGAAUUGCUGCUCGCGGCGAGCCUGCGCCCAACACAGCCUGCGGAGCCAUACAUAAUCAAAGGGCAUCUUCGUCUUGUUGGGACAGCUGUGCCGGGAAAUGCGGGAACACCCCUGCCCACGCUUGACCUGAGCCUCGUGCAGGGCUGGCUGCAGCUAGCCCGCAACGCCUCGCUCACGCUUAGAAACCUUCGGCUCGUGAGCUCACAGCUCCCACCUGGGGCAGUCAACGCAACGGCAGCAGCAGCCACGGCCGCCGGCAGCAGCAGCGUGUCGCCAGCAGACCUGCUGCUGCCGUACCGGCCGCUGCUACGCGCGCUGCUGGCGCCUCCCCCCACCCCCGCACCCUCCGCCUCCACCACCAGUACUGCAGCCGCUAGCGAUGGCGAUAGCGGGGGCCCGCAGCUUCUGGCAGUUUCGCUGGAGGGCUGCGUGGACAGCACAGACGUGGGGCUGGCGCAGGCACUGGCGCGGGAGGCGACGGCCAGCAUCCCGCGCGUGCCCGCAGCCGUGGCCGCCGCGGCGGUUAGCGCCGCGGCAGCUUCCAGCGGCGCCGGCGCAUGGGCUGCGCUAACCCCCUCUCUGGCAGCCGCCUGGCCGCCAGUCACCCAGGCGGUCAGCGACGAGCUGUGUUUAGCACAGGCUGCGAGUCCUUCGGGGUCGCCGCUAGCGGCGGCGGCGCGGCGGGUGCUGCGGCGCCAGGGUCAGUGGGGAGCCGGUCGGUCGCUUGCAAGCUGGCUGGGGGCUGCUGCCGGCAGGUGGGCUGGUGGGGGCAGCGGAGGAGACGUCGGCCGCGCGGACUGCGGUGGUGACCGGGCAGGGAGCAGCAGCAGCAGCGGCGGGGCUCGCGGCGCGGGAGUGGGCCUGGAGUGGCGGGAGGUGCUGGUGGGGCGGGCAUCAGGCGGCGUAGUCGGCUCGGUGGGCAGCUCGGUGGGUGGCUCGGGUGCCAGUGCGCUUCGACGCCACGGGCGGCGCCAGAGCUGGGUCGAUGUGGGUCAGGCGCAUCACCAGCAGCAGGACAAGCUGCAGGAGCUGGAGCAGCAGGAGCAGCCGCAGGAGUGGUUGCCGGAACAGUUGCUGCACCGGGAUCAGGAGGGCCCAGAUGAUUGCCCUGAGAGCACGGUAGGCGAGGGCGCGCUACGGGAGGAGGGGAAGGUGGAGGUGGGCCAGCGGGCGCAGGGGCAGCUGCCUGCAGCCCCGCGGCGCCAGACAGCGGAGGCGUCGCCCUGCCUGGCGGGCACCGUCUAUGUGGACAGCGCGGUGGUGGCAUUGGAGCUGGCUACAGCCCGGUCCUCAGCGGCCGCGAGCGGCAGUAGCAGCAGCACCAGCACCAGCAGUAGCAGUAGCAGCAUGCCCUACCUGCGCGAGGGCUCACCGCUGGCAGCUAGCUUCGGCAACAGCAGUAGUAGCAGCAGUAGCAGCAGUAGCAGCAGUAGCAGCGGCGGCGGCAGUAGCAGCAGCGCGGCCGAGGGCUCCGCUGCGCUGCUACUGCUGGUGCGGGGCAGCUACAGCGCGUCGGCGGCACAGGUGGAUGAGGCGUGCCUGUCCUACCUGCGCCCACUUACCUGCGUCCGACAAGCCCUGGACGCCGCGGCGGCGGCCGUGGGGCCGGCGGCGGCGGUGGAGGCUCUGCCGGCAGCUUCGCCGCCGCUGCCUGCGGCGCCCUCCGCGUCACCGCCGCCGCCGCCGGCUGCUGUUGGCGCUGCGCCGGCUGGUGGUGGCUCAGAUCACAAGACGGCGUUUGUGGCGACGCUGGCGGUGCUGCUGCCGGCGGCGGUGGGGCUGCUGCUCGCUUUCCUGGUCUUGAUGUACAUGUACAGGCGGCUGCGGCAGCGGCACCGGCGCGAGCGCGGCGCCAAGCAGGCCCCGGGCGUGGGCCCGCUCACCACACUGCUCAUCACCGACAUCGCCAACAGCACGGCGCUGUGGGAGAGCCUGCCCGAGGAGGUGAUGGACCUGGCGCUCAAGCUGCACCACGCCUGCCUGAGGUCGCUGCUGGCGCGGUUCAACGGCUACGAGAGUGCGACGGAGGGCGACUCGUUCCUGCUGGCCUUCCACAACCCGGUGGACGCCGCCAAGUUCGCCCUCACCGCGCAGGUGCAGCUCAUGGACGUGAUGUGGCCACCCGAGGUGCUGGCGCACCCCGACGGCCAGGAGGUGUGGGUGGUGCCCAAGGCCUCGGAGCCGCCGCCCUCGGGCCGCGAGCCGUCCGGCUCCCUCACGCCCUUCAUGAUGAACACGGGCGUAUCGCCGUACGUGGAGGCCAGCGGCGCCAGCAUCUCCGUAUACAACGCCGGCGGCGGCGGCGCCGCCAUGUACCGCAGCAGCGGCAGCGCGGUCCCUCUGGCGCUGGGCUCCAUGCCUAGCGGGCUGCUGCUGACGGCGCGCAUGAGUUCCACAGAUGUAGGAAUGGCCGCCGCCGCGGCGGCGGGGUACGCCGGGUAUGCCGGCGGCGCCGGUAGCGUGCCCGGCGGCGUGGGCUUGGGCGGCGGCGGCGGCGGCAUUGCCGGAGGGCGGUCGGCGCGGCGUGCCAGCUGGGCGGUCCUGACAAAGUCCUUCCGAAGCAACGCCGCCUCGGCGGGGGGCAUGGGCGGCAGCGGCGCCGCCGCCGCCGCCACGGGAGCCAUGCAACAGGGAAUGGCGCGUGCGCUGGAUCUGGAGCACCUGGGCGCGGGGCUGGAUCUGGAUUACGAUGACAUCAUGGGCGGCGGCGGCGGCAGUCAUGUGGCGUACUACGGCGGCCACGGCGGCCACGGCCAUGGCGGUGGCCACGCCCGGCCGCGCACGCUCCUGCGGUCGUUCACGUCCCACAUCGCCUCUGCGCUGGGCAGGACGUCCGGCGGCGCCAGUGGCGGCGCCGCCAGCGGCGGUGACGGCGGCGGCGGCGGCGGGUUGUACGCCAGCGGAGCCGUUAUCACCGCUGUCGCCGCCGCCAGCGGGAUGGAGGAGGGCGGGCAGCCGGUCAGCUCGCGUGUGCGGCGCUUCAUCCGCAGCAGCAUCAGUGGCAUCAGCCGCGCCGCCGCCGCCGCCGUCGGGGCUGACGUCAGUGGCCACAGCGGCGGCAGCGCCCGCCCAUCGCACUACACCGACAGCCACAGCACGCAGCACCACGAUCACGUACAACGCCAGCCCCACCACCAUCAGCCACAUCGCCAGCAACACCCGCAUCAUUACGGCGAGUACGGUGACAGUGCCGGCCUGACGGCGGCGGCGGCGUCGGCCGCCGCGCAACCGCCGGCGCCGGCGUCUGUGCGCCUACCCAGCGGCAGCCGGCGGCGGCUCAGCAGCAGCCUUGUGGCAGAGCGCGAAGCGUUGGAGCACAUGCGCCGAAGCAAGUCCUUCGCAGCGGUGCACCAGCUGCAUCAGCAGCAGCCUCAGCCUGGCGGUGGCCGACAGGCCGGCGGCAGCGUCGGCGCCGGCACCGGCACCGGCGGGGACAUGCGCGUCUUGGGCCGCGGCGCGGCGGCGCCGGCCGCCGCCGUGGCCGCCGUCGCUGCCGCCGGCGUCGUGCCGUCGAGCGGUAGCUUCACCGCUCGCUCCCUGUUGAAGCAGGCCCUCAGCUUCAACCGCCGCCAGCACAGCUUCCGGGGCGCCUCUCGCGCCGCCGUUGCCAGCGGCUCCGUCGCCGCCGCCGCUGCCGCCGCCACGGCGGCGCUGAACAGCGGCAGCGGCGCGGGCUGGGCCUCCGCAGGCGACUCUGGCGGCACGCCAGCAUCGCCACUGUCGGUCGGCGCCGGCACCAACGGCUCCCGCCGCGCAUUGGUGAUACACCCCAGCGCCACCACCUCCUCCGCUCUCCUGCGGAAGAGCUUGACCAGCGUCGCCGCCACUGCCGGCGUCGCGGUGGCCGCUGGUGCCGCUCCCGCCUCUGGCGCGUCCGCCGCCGACCACCUCAGCACCGGCGGCGGCGGCGGCGGCAUGACCUCCACUGACGAAGACCAGCCGCCGCACCCGCAGCCGGGCCGGCCUCACGGCUCCGGCCCGCUCCCCAGCGCUGCAGCCCAUGCUCUAGGCCGCGCCCUGGGCCGCAACAGCCGGUCCAUGAACGGCAACGUCGCCGUAGGCUCCACCGGUACACGGCCCGGCGCGCCCGGGUUCCGUGGGCGCGGCCUGGCGCCGCUGGCCGGCGCAGGCGCAGGCGCAGGCGCAGGCGCAGGCGCAGGCACAGGCACAGGCACAGGCACAGGCGCAGGCACAGGCGCAGGAACAGGCGCAGGCACAGGCACAGGCGCAGGCACAGGCGAGGCGGCGCCCAGCGGCUUCGGGACGUCUGCGUCAGCGCGCCGCGCCAGCGUUGGCAUCGGCUACGCCCACUUGUGUAACGACGUGGUUCUUCCGGGCCCCCCGCCGGACCCCGCCGCGAGUGGCGGCCACGACGACGACGAUGACGACCCGGCGGCGGUCGCGGCCGUACAGAUGUACGGCUUUGCGGGCGGCAGCAGCGUGGGCGAUGGCGGCGGCGGCGGCGGCGGUAGCCUGGAGCUGGGCGGGCUGCACAGCGGCGUGGGUAUGGAGGGCUGCUCUGGGGUGCUGGGCCGUGAGUCAACCUACUUGCGUGUGGGCAUGGAGUCCAUCACGCACAUCCCAAUCAACUCCAAUUCAAUCCUGGGUGGCGGCAGCAGCACCGCCACGGGCACUGGCGGCGCCAGCCGCGGCACUCGCGACGGCAUCGACUCCAUGGGCCAGCGGCAGCCGCGCGGCAGCAUCGAUGACCCUCGGGCUUCCAAUGCCUCCGCCAGCGCUGUGAUGGACGCCCUAGACAGCCUGGCCCGGUCAGGUAGCGUGACGGCGGCAGCGAUGGCGGCGCCGUCGCCGCCGACGGUGCCGGCGGCGGCGCCGUCAAUGGGCGCGGUCGCGCGGGAUGCCGCCGUCGCGGCGGCGGCGCGUGACGCCGUGGCCUCCGCGGCGGGCAUGCACGCGCUGACGGCGGCGCAGCGGCGGCGCGCCAGCGCGCCUUCGGAGGCAGCGCUGCUGCCCGGCGGCGGCGGCGGCGGCGGUGGUGAGUACUUGCCGCUGCAGCCGCCAGUGGGCUCGUCCGCGCGCGCUGUGGGCAGCGGCGGCCAGCCCACUACCGCGCUGGAGGCGUUUGCGAUGAUCGGCGACGGCACCGGCACCUCGGGCGCGCCCAGCCGCGCGGGCAGCAUCGCCAGCGGCGGCGGCUCUGCGUCGGCCUUGGCGUCGGCACACGUACAACUGCUGUCAGCGGCGCCGCGGCGCGGCAGCAAUCUCGGCACCAGCAUGGCGGACCCAGCCGCCGCUGGCGGUGGCGGCGCGGCGGGCCGCCGCACGUCCAACUCGCAGCACACUUAUUCCACGUCCUCCUCCAUCCUGAACCCCGCAUUUGACACCCGGCACGACGACCUGGUCGCAGCGGAGGGCGCGCGCAGCGGCCUUGCCACCAGCGGCGAGCCCACCCUCCAACUGCUGCUGCUGGGCGCGGGCGCGUCCGUUGGCGGCCCGGCACGCGUGGCGACCAGCCCGGGCGAUGUAGGGCCGUUGGCGCUUGGCGGCGCUGGCGGCGGCGGUUCUUUCCGUCCGCCUCCAGUGGCGCGUCGCGGCAUGUCGCGGAGUGCGGAGCAGGUGCCAGAUCGCGUGACGGCGGAGCUGGUGAACGCCGGUACGGCCAUGCUUGGUCCGGGCGGCGCAGGCGGCGGCGGGAGAGGCGGCGCCGGCACAGGCGGCGCCGGCGGCGCCGGCGGCGCCGGCACCAGUGGCUGGGGCAGCUCACACACAGACGGCAGCGUUAUGGGCGGCACAGGCACCGGCGGCGGUGGCACAUGCAGUGGCGGCGCGAUGCUGGUGACGGAGGACGGCUCCUCCUUCGCCUCCGCCACGCACCCCGCGCUCGCCAUCGCCGCGCAGCUUGGCAGCAGCGCGGCCAGCCGCCCGAUCAGCGGCAGCCACGGCGCCGGUGGGGGCGCCGGUGGGGGCAUGCUGCAGGCGCGCCCCGCAAGCGGCAGCUACGCCAGCGGCGCCGCUGGCACUGAUGGCGGCGGUGCCGGCGGCGGCGGCGGCGGCGGCGGCGGGUUGCUGACGGCGGCAAUGGCCCGCAUGAUGAUGAUGCGCACCAAGAGCGGACGCCGCGACGGCCGCGUUCACAGCAGCCCCGCGGCCCCGCGCUUCGACCCGGGCGAUGCUGCUGGCAGCUUCUUUGCUGGUACUGCUACUGCCGGUACCGCUUCCGCUACUGCGGUGGCUGUAGCUGGUUCGCCAGCUGCGCUGGCGAUGCCGGCGCACCCGCACCCCCAGUCGCGCACAAUUGGCCAGCCGCUGGCGUCCAUUCCCGAACCCAUCACCACCGGCCCCUCGCGCGCGUCGCUGGAUGCGGGCGGCGGGCUGGGCGUGUCGCGCGCGGGUACCGGCGGCACUGAGGGCAGCCUGGGCGAGGGGGCGGACGACAAGGAUUACGACCGCGGCGGCGCUGGCGGUGGCGGCACGCAGGCGGACGCGGAUGACUUGCUGGGCAGCCUUCGAGACGACCUGUACCCGCCCGGCUCCGGCCCCUCCUCGCCUGCGGUGGCCUCCCUCCUCAGCGGCAGCGGCGGCGGCCGAUUGCUCGGCGGCGCGCUCUCGCCACUGAAGGCGGUGGUAGCGGCGGCCGCCGCCGCUGCGGCAGCACUGAGCCCUGCCGGUGGCGGCGGUGGCGGCGGCGGCGGCGGCGGCGGCGGCGGCGGCGACAGCCCUGUGGCGUCGCCGCCGGUGAGCCGCGCCUCCUCCGUCUCCAACUCGCUUGCGCGCAGCCUGACCCGCGGCGCCUCGCGGGCCAACCUGCUGAUGCGACAGAUCACGCGAGACCGCAAGCCCAGCAGCUUCACCAGCCGCGCAGCGCGCAGCGCCAGCGCAGUCACCGAGGGCGGCGGCGGCGGCGACGGCGGCGGCGGCGCCCGGGGAGCCGGCGGCGACAGCCCCGGCGGCGGCGGCGGUGGCGGCGGCGCCGGUGCCCGGGGAGCCGGCGGCGACAGCCCCGGCGGCGGCGGCGUGGGGGUCAUGAGCAUGACGGCGUUGGCGGUGUUAGACAGCGACGUGGGCGGCGGCAGCGGCGGCUCGGGCGACGGCGCCGGGGGCCGCGGCGGCGGCGGCGGCGGCCGGGCGCGUAGCGGCGCGCACCUGCCGCUGUUGAGUGACGACGGCGAGGAGGUCACGUCGACGUCCAUGGCGGUGGAGCCGUCGGCGCUGGGCAUGGUGUCGCGGCUCCUGGAUGGCGGCAGUGGCAGCUCCUCCCGCGCGCGCACCCGCUCCGUGACCGCGGGCGACGGAGGGCCGCGUCGCGCCAUCGCAACGCCCCUUGCGGGGCCUCGCUACGCUGUGGUUGAGCCUGAUGAGGCCGGCGAGCCCGGCGCGCAGGUACACGUCUUCACAGGCGGCUCAGGGGGCCGGCCGCCAGUGCCCUCCUCACCCCAGCUCGGCCACCUCUCCCAACGCGCGCUGCGCUGGCAAGGCCCCGGUGUGUCUGUGCGCGCCAGCAGUGGCCCUCAGCCUGCAAUGUUGCUAACGCAGCAGCAGCAGCAGCAGCAGCAGCAGCAACAGCGGUCCGCCUUGCAGGGGCUGCUUCGUCACCAGGCGGCGCAGGCGGCGCAGGAGGAGGCGGACGCGGCAGCGGCGGCCGCAGCAGGCGUGGUGACGGCCGGCGGCCGGCAGCGCAACCCGCCACCGCGGCCCAAGACGCUGUCUUCGCUCAUGGCCUUUGGCAACGGCAGCAGCAACAGCGGCGGCGGCGGCGGCGGUCCCGGGCGCAGGAACAGCACGCACGACGAGAGCCAGCUGCCGGCGACACCUCGCAGCACCGGCCUCUUUGCCAACCUGAGCAUGGGCUUGGGUCUGAGCCUGGGACUGGGCUCCAACACCGCGUCAUCCAAUGCUGCGGCGGCGGCCGCAGCUGCGGCCGCCAGCGGAAGCAACAACCACAGCGGCCGGCUCUCCGGCAGCCAGCAGCCGCCGCUCCUCGACCUCGGCGGCGGCGGCGGUGGCGGUGGCGGCGGCGGCACGAGCUCGGCGGGCGCCAGCGGCGCACUGCCGCCGGGCGUGUUGAUGGGCGGUGCCGGGGCGCCGCCGCCGCCGCCGCCGGCUGUGAUGAUGCUGAGCGGCGGCGCCAGCCGGCGGAUGUCGUUCCUGGGGCUGGGGCUGGGGCUGGGGCUGGGGCUGGUGCGCAGCCGCACGGAGCGGCGGGCCAGCCUGUCCGACCUGCCGCUGUGGGCGGGCGCGGGACUGCCGCCUGGCGGCGCCGCCGGUGCUGCUACUGCCGGUGCUGCUGCUACUGCCGGCGGGGCUGGCAGUGUUGCGGGUGGGGAGCUGCAGGUGCUGGGCGGCUGGGCGGGGGGUGACGGCGGCUCCAUGACGCACCAGCACGGGGGAGCCAGCUCGGCGCAGCUGCUGCAGAUACAAAUGCAGCUGCUGGAGUGCCGCUCCUACAAGGAGAAGUGCAAGGACGAGUGGCCGGCAGCGCUGAGGCCCGCGCCGCCCGCGCGCUGCGCCUACAGGGGCCUGCGAGUGCGCAUGGGCCUACACACAGGCAUCAGCACCGCCACCGACGUGACCUUCAACCCCACCACCUCCCACAUGGCCUACGGCGGUGUGGCCAUGAAGGUGGCCAAGGCGGUUGGCGACGCGGCGGCGGGCGGCAUGAUCCUGCUGUCACAGUCCGCUUUCCUGGCGCUGGCGGCGCAGCUGUCCGCGCUGCCGGGCACGCCGCAGGCUGUGUUCAGCGGCGAGAGCGAUCUGGGUCUGGGUCCGGGCGGCGACCGCUACUCGCUGUACCAGCUGGUGCAUAGGGAGCUGGUGCAGCGCAUUGGCUACGCCGCGCCUCUUCGCAACAUCCCGCUGACGCAGCUGGGCACGGAGGCCGCGCCCACGGGCUUCUGCGCCAUCAGCUUCAUGCACGUGGCCAGUGCCAGCAUGCUGGUGGCUGAGCUGGGCCAGCCGGGUGUGGAGGCGCUGCAGCAGUUCAAGGCCAUCGUGACUGAGCUGUGCAGCCGCUGCGGGGGCUAUGUGGUGGAGGCCAGCGAGGGGCUGUGCCUGGCCGCCUUCAAGCACGCGGCGGCGGCGCUGGUGUGGGCGCUCAGCAGCCGGGAGGCGCUGGCGGAGCACGUGUGGUCGCCCGAGGUCCGGCGCUGGUACCGCUUCACCGUGGCUCCGCCUUCCACCAGCGCCGCCCCGCCCGGCAGCCACCACCACCACCACCACCACCACCACCACCACCACCAUCACGGCCACCAAGGCCACCACGGCCACCACGGCCGCCACACGCAGACCAGUACCAGCGGCGCCGGCGGGCGCGGGCCGCGGCCUCGCACGGGCGUGCACGUGGGCAGUGUCAACGUCGAGGUCAACGCCGCCACGGGCCGCAUGACCUACCGCGGCAAGGUCAUGAACCGCACCUCACGCAUCGCACACAAGGCAGCGUCGGAGCAGAUCCUGUGCUCGCGCGAGGCGUGGGAGGCGGUGUGCGCCUCGCUGUCCGCAACCGUGCAGCGCAUCCAAGAGGAGGAGGAGGAGGCCCUGCGGCAGCAGGCGGCGGCGGAGGCGGAGGCAGCGGCCCAGGCCGCCGCCGCCACCUCCGCCAAUGGCGAGGAGGAGGACGAGGAGGAGGAUGGCGACGGAGACGGCUAUGGCAGUGAUGAGGGAGACCUGUUGCCUGAACUGGCGACCGGCGGUAGGUACACGCCUGGGGUCAGCGGGCCCGGCGGCGCCGGCACGAACAGUAGUGGCGGCGGCAGUGGCGGCGGCGGCGGCGGCGCUGGCGGGCUCUCCAGCAUAAGGAAGCUUUCCAUUCGCAACCUGCUCAGCGGGGGCGGCGGGGGCGGGGGCGGCGGGGGCGGGGGCGGCGGGGGCGGGGGCGGCGGGGGCGGCAGCGACUGGGCCGGGGGGGUCGUGUCCAGCAAGAGCGGCGGCGGCACACCGCCCACGUCUAGCCGCAGUGCCCGCGGCGCCGGCCCUCUGUCUGCUGGCGGCACAGCUGCCGGUCACACCAGCGGGCCGGGCACGCUGCGAGAGGUGGCGUCGGAGCGCAUUGCCCGCUUCCGUGGCCUCAGCAUCGCAAGCGGCGUGACGACGGCAGGUGCCAGCGGCGGAAACAUCGGGGGGGCCGCUUCUUCCGCCGUACAGCACAUCACCACCGCCAAAAACAUGUCGGCGGCGGUUUCGUCCGCCGUGGACAAGGUGACGACGGUGGCGGCGGCGUUGGGCCGCCGCGUUGCGUCCUUCUCUACCAAGGUCAGCGGCGGCGGCGGCAGCGGCAGCGGCGCCGGCGGCGGCGCCGCCACCAACGCUGGCCGGCGCGGCAGCUCCGGCACCGGGAUGGCGGGCGCGGCUGGCGGCGGCGCGGCCGGGGACCUGUCCACUGCGGUGGACGACCGGCGCGCAAAGUCGCUCACCAGCGGCCGCAAGCGCCGCGACUCGGGCGCCGCCGCGAUCUCCGCGGGCAGCGGCGGCGCGCAGCCGCAGUCGCCAAGCCGCCUGGCGGCGGUGUCGCAGCUGCUGCUGUGGCCGCGCGCGUCGGCGGCGUCGGCGCGCGGCUCGCCCACGUCGCCGGCAGGGCUGGCGGCGCCUGGCAGCGGCGUCGCGGGGGCGGCGGCGGCCGCAUUUGGUGGCAUGAUGCUGCCGUCGCCGCGGGCGUCGGCGCCGAAUGCCUGCAUGACGCCGCUGGCCAUCUCCGCCAUCGCCGCCGCCGCCGGCGCCAAUGCCAGCGCGGCCGCCGGCCAAGCCACCGCGGUCAGCAAUCCUAGCAGCGGCGGCGGCGCCAGCGGCGGCGUUAGUGGCGGCGUUAGUGGCGGCGGCGGCGGCCCGGCGGGCGGCAUCCGGUCUGCCCCGGCCUCUGGCAGCUGGCCGAGGGCUAGCCCGCGGGCCGCGCAGCUUGAACUUGACACUGGCGGAGCGAGUGGCGCGGAAAGCUCUGGUGGGCGCGCCCGCGCGACCGCCACCUCGCCGCCCUCUCCGGGCAGCCCGCAGCCGGCCGCCCGCAGCCCACGGCACACAUCCACCAGCCUUGCACCCGACGGCGGCUUCGGCGGCGGUGACGGCAGCGACGGCGGCGGCCGUGGCGGCCGUGGCGGCGGCACGGGUCGGAGCCCGCCCACGCUGACGCCGGCGGCGCUUUCCAGCAACCCCACAGACACGCCGCCGGACGCGCUGGCGGCCGCCGCCUGCGGCCCGAGCACUGGCAGCCCAAGGGCCGCUGCCGCCGGCCGGAGCACUGGCAGCCCAAGGGCCGCCGGUGGUGACACCGCCGCCGGGCGCAGUGCGCGCGAGGGCGAGGGCGAGGGCGGCGGCGGACACGAGGGCGGCGGCGGGGAAUCCAGCAGCAGUAGCGGCAGUAGCAGCAGCGGCGGCAGUGGUGAUGAUGACGGGAUGCCGCCGCCGCCCUCGGUGCGGUGGCAGGCGCUGAGCCGUCUGGCGGGCGGCGGGGUGGAGUUGCCUGAGGGGCAGAGGCUGGCGGCGCGUUUCCUGGGGAGCUACAGCCUCAAGGGCGUGCGCGAGGAGAUGCGGCUGUUCGAGGUGUCCUGGGCGCCCGAGGGCGACGACGACACGGCGGGCGCAGACUCCAUCGUUUCGCCCCGCCGCGACGGCGGCGGCGGCGGCGGCGGCGGCGGCGGCGGUGGCGGCGGCGGCGGCGGCGGCGACAGUGGCACAGAGGAAGCGCUCGCCAGCAGCCGCGGCGCCGCCGGCAGCAUGGUGCGGGAGCAGCUGGCUGGCGCCAGCCGCCGCGCGCGCCGCGACAGCGCGGCGGCGCCGGGCUGGGCUGGCGGCCCGCCGGCGAGCCGUGGCGCGUCCAUGACGGAGGUGACGGCGGCGCUGCCAGGGAUGUCGGCGGCGGCGGUAGGGCGCGGCGACAGAUUCCAGCAGCGCGGCCGCAGCGCCGAGGGCAGCCAGGGCGGCCGGCGGCCGUCGCCGCAGGGCAUGCCGGCCCUGGGCGGCCCGAGCGCCGCCGCCGCGGCGGCGGCGAUGGCGGCGGCGGUGGCGGCGCGGGUGGGGGGCGGCACGGAGGGAGUGCAGCAGGUCGCGUCGGCGUCGCGGGGCAAGGUGCCCGCCGCCGCCACCGCCACCGGUAUGGCCUUCGGCGGGUCGCCUGGUGGCGGCCACAGCGGCGCGGCCAGCGGCGUCGGCUUUGGCGGGUCUGCCGGCGCGUCUGGCAACGCCUCGCGUGCCGAGAGCCGCGUCAACAGCCGGCGGCGGCUUCUGUCGCUGCCGGCGCAGCCCAUGACAGUUGGCUCGGCCGCCACUGACGCAGGCGGCGGCGCCGCCACCACUGGCGGCCAUGGCGGCGGCGGCGGCACCAGACUGCUGUCGUCUGGUCAGAUGGAGAUGGGCCUGAGCAUCGGCCGAGGCGGCGGCGGCGGCGGCGGUUACGGUGGCGGUUACGGCCACCAGGUCAGCGGCGCCCUCAGCGGCGCCAGCGGUUGGGCGUACGGCAUGACUACAACCGGCGAGUCAACGUACGACGAUGAUGCGCCGCCGGUUUCGGACAGCUGCAAUGCAUUCGCGACCGGCGGCAUGGUCACACUGGCCGGCAAUGCCUUCCGGGCCUCCGCCAACGCCAACGCCAACGCCUUCAGGGACGGUGCGGCAGGCGGCGGCGGCGGCAGGGAGGGCAGCAGUAGCCAUUUUGACAUUUCACCGGCUGCCCGACGUGUGACGCCGUCGCUGGCGACGCCCUCCCUUAUGGGGGCGGCGCCAGCCGUGGCGGGUGGGCAAGGGCCACCAGCACCCCAUGGCGGCGCUCCAUGGAGCCACGCAAACAUGAGCCGGCCCGGCACAGCACCGGUGGCGGCGACGGACGCACUGGCGGCGCCCCACAGACACGACUCGCCCAUCCAAGCCGUCGGCAUUCGUGCAGCGCUGGCAGCGACGGCGGCGGCGGCGGCCGCAGCUGGCGGCGGCGGCGGUGGCGGCGGCGGGCAGCACCCACUGGCAGGGGCACUACCAUCGCAGCCGCCUUCUCCGCCGGCAGGAAGGAUCAUAUCCCCACUGGGCGCCCCUAGCGCGCCCCGUGGCAGGCCCGACGCUGGCGUCGUCGCCGCCGCCGCCGCCGCCGCCGCCGCCGCCGCCGCCGCUGCCGCCGCCGCCGCCGGCGCGCCGUCCAGUCGCGACCCCGCCAGCGACCAGCUUUCAUUCCUCCGGGCCUCCACCCUUGACGACCCGCAGAUGCCCGUCAGCGCCGCCGCCACCACCGGCGGCGCCGCCACCGGCUCACACACGGCGGGCGCUAAUUACAACCACGUGGCCAGCGGCGGCACCGCCGCCUCCGCGGCCGCCGACGCAACGCAGCUGUUGGCCCAUCGGCAGCCGGCGGCGGUGACGGCGGCGGUCGCGGUGUCGCCUGCUGGUGCCGACGCCGGGUUUGUAGCGCUAUCCGCCGCAGCCGGCGGCAGUGGCUCCGCGGCGGCCGGCGGGCUCCACGCCGCCGCCACCUUGACCGGCGGCGGCGGCGGCGGCGGCGGCGGCGGCGCUCUGGUGGGCGGCUCCGCCUCGGGCGCGCGCCGCCGACUGAUGGGCGUUACCUUUGCGGACGACGCGCUCCCGCCGGCCGCCGCCGCCACCGCCGGAAGCAGCAGCGGCAUGGGCGUUGGCGGUGGGAGCCCCGCGCACCAGCUCUCCGGCGGCAGCGGCGGAAGCAGCAGCCACACGCUGAUGCCGCUGCUCACGGGCUCACCGCUGCCGGCGCCCGGCCUGCCCUCGCUCAACCAGUGGGGCGACGCCACCAGCGGCGCCCCUGGCAGUGGCGGCGUUAACACCCUGCUGGUCGACUACCACGGCGGCACUGCGCACCAACAGUACUACAGCCACCACGGUGGCCUGGGCUCGGACGUGGGCACGGCUGCCGCGGGCAGGCCGGUCAGCGGCGGCGCUGCUGCCGCCGCUGUGGCGGUGGCUGCUGGCACGCAGCAGAGCUUUGCCAGCGCGCUGCGUGCUCACUUGAUGGGGCCGGCGGGAGACGGCCUGGCAGCGGCGCCAGCGGCGGCGGCAUCGUCUGUGGCGCAGCUGCUGCUGCGGGGCGGGGCGGGAGCCGGGGGCGGGGGCCAGGGGGGCUCGGGGGGUCCCUCCACGGCGUCCACGGGCGGCCGCAUGGCGGCCACUGCCACCACCACCGCCACCACAUCCAUCCAGGAGGAGCGCGAGCAGGAGGAGUUGCUGGUGGGGCAGGAGGAGGAGGAGCAGGAGCAGGAGCGGCAGCGGCGGCAGCAGGGCUCGCCGGACCACGUGCACAUGCGCCGGCGCAACAGCGCGGCACAUCAGAUGGCGCGGCUGCGGGACUCGCCCUCGCCGCCGCCGCCGCCGCCGCAGCCGCCCGGCACCUAGGCGGGCGCCCGGGCGGGCGCUGUGCUGCGUGCCGGCACAACCCGCGGCCUCAGGCACGUGCGAUCAAUCUCGCGGUGCGUUGCCAGGGCGGCCGAGUUGACACAAGCAAUAAAAGAUAGAGUGCGGACUGAAGGGACGGAGUGGCUAAACCUACGGAUGGGUUGAGCCCGGGAGCUUUGCCUGAAAAAGCGCACCUGCCUGUGAACGAGAAAGUGCUGUACUGUGGGCCUUUCGGAUUCUGGCAUGAUAGGAGGCUGCCUGCAACCUGUGCGACCAGCUGGGUCUCGUGUCUACGUUCCUAUGGUCCGCACACAUAGCAGCCAUCCAACGAUGCGAUAGCACCCGUACGAAUGCUAUCCUCGCAUUCGGGCAUCGGAGUGGGAUUGCGGCCGGUCGCUGCAGCAGUAGUGCAUUUCGGCGGGUUGCCUAUGGCAACCGCGGCGUGCGGAAAGAUUUCACUCUGCUUACAUGUGUGUUGCGUAACCGCUGCAGCACUUUUGCAUGUGCAUACUCGGGGAUGCAUACAAGCAUGCACUAGGCAUUGCGCCUAGGGUGAUAAUAACGGGCACUUGAGGGCGGGGGUAUGGGGCUCGUCAGCGUCGUAUAAUUCGGUCUUUUAUUGUCGCCAAGGCGACAAUCGUGGGAAGGUACCAAAGGCGUGGGGUGCGUGCGCGGCGGCGGGCUGGCCAUCUAAGGUGUGUGGGUGUUGGAACUGCCGCGCUUAAAUGGCACAUCAAAUACACACGCGUGCGCAUUCAUAUCAGCUAGCGGCACUAGCCGUCAGCUGCACGUGGCAUGCUCACGGUGUGCCCGAAUCGGCUGCCAUGAAUGGGUGUUAAGGUGGAACGGCUGCACAGCGCCCCUGAUCACCGUAAUGAUUGGAACUGUGUAUAGUCGACUUCUAUUUUGAGUGACAACUUGAAAUGAGGUCUCGGAAAGCUGAACCAACCCCUGCAGCUGCCGCUACUGAUAUCGUCGAUUGGCCUUUGAACUAAAAUGGCCUGAAGCUCGUUUUGGCAGUUUGGCCCAAUGCUUCAUGUUGAUGUCGCCACAUGUGACACAGUCAACAAACGGCAGAGCAAUUGAUCUGAUAGGCUGGCAAUGGCCAUGGCACGAAUGAAGGGGCGGAGGCAAGGGCAUCAGCAUUUUCGAUUGGGGCUGUGGUUGGGGGAAGCUGAAAGCUACACGUGAAAAGUACACUUGCGGGUGCCGUGCCUGCCUGUACUGGAUUGCGGUGGGCCACAGGCGGGCAGCCAUGCCGCGUAGUGCGCGUGCGUGCUCGUGGCUGGCCAGAUGGGUAUGACGCGGAUAGAGGACUAUUGCUGGGAUGAUAAGGGAGGUCGUUGCACGCGCGCCCUCUCGUGGUAGCAGCAAUCGGCACGGCGCACGCUUUCUUGCGUCAUCUCCAAGGGUACUUGGGGACACUGCAUGGGGACACUGGGUGUUGUGGGUUUCGUGUACUGCCCUUCUUUCACUGCUGUUUCCCACCCGAAUACGGGCUGCGGAUUGCCGUGCUGCGGACGUGUGCGAGCGUUCGUCCUUCCUGUUCCAGUAGUUGUGGCGGACUGGGCGGGAUGGAAUGGGGCGUGCGGAAGGAGGGCGCGGAGCGGUAGCGCUGGGUUUCAGGGGUUUCCCCUGCUGGGUUUGGGCUGCGGGGCCACAGGCAGGUGCCGCUGCCGGUGUUGCGGUGCGGCUGCUGCGGUGAGCGCUGCCUCCAGCACCAGCAUCGCUGCCAUUGGUGUGUGUCACGGGCGUGGCGGGGCGGGCAUGGCGUGGCGUGUCGCUGUACGGCAGCAAGCGUGCAGCACUUGUGGUGUGGUGGGACUGCGGUAACGGGUGUUCAUCCUCUUUCAGCAUUGCGUAAGUUUGUUCGCUCGUUAGUACAGCAAUGGGGGCCACUGCAGCAUUGCUGCAGCAGGUGCUGAGGCGUAGCUUGGCGCUGAGGUACGGUGUAGAACUGUGGCGUGCGUGUAUGUGUACCUACCUGAGGAGUGAGGAGUGAUGAGGGCGUUUGCGACUGCCUGUGAUUCUCCUGUUACGGCAGCGUGUAAGGUCAGCGCCUU